UGUAAGUCACUUUUCGAACACUACAUUACCCAGGACGCCUAAUGGCGCAUACGUCACUUGCCACAACGGCUCUAUCUCCAUCAUGGCGUCGCUGGGAAGGAGGCGCGGUGUCCCAGUAAGCAGGGAGAGGGGAGUGAUGGCGGCGACCGACUGCUACAUAGUUCACGAGAUCUACAACGGGGAGAACGCGCAGGACCAGUUUGAGUAUGAGUUGGAGCAAGCACUGGAGGCCCAGUACAAAUACAUUGUUAUCGAACCCACGCGCAUCGGCGACGAGACGGCACGGUGGAUUACAGUGGGCAACUGCCUGCACAAGACGGCCGUGUUGUCGGGGGCCGUUUGCCUCCUGACGCCGCUUUCACUGCCUCCAGAAUACACGCGUUACGUGGUGUUGCCAGCCGGCGCCCUCAGCGUGGCCUGCGCCGCCCUCUAUGGGAUUUCAUGGCAGUUUGACCCCUGCUGCAAGUACCAGGUGGAAUAUGACAGCCAAAAACUGUCGCGGCUACCCCUGCACACACUCACCUCCUCCACGCCCGUGGUCUUGGUGCGCAGGGAUGACAUCCACAGAAAGAGACUCCAUAACACGAUAGCGAUGGCCGCGCUGGCGUACUGCGUCAAGAAGAUCUACGAACUCUAUGCUGUAUGAGUGCGCCAUUUAAGAACCGACAGGAAAAUGAGAUAAACCUACAAAAAAGAAGAAUAACAGCAAACCUAUCCACCGUCUGGUGUGUGAAAAGUGGAAGGUCGCAAUGGGGCCCACAACACUUGUGGUGGCUGCUUUGAACUUUGAUCAGAGGGAUAUAGUUAAAACUAGAAGGAAGUUGUUUUUGUUUAGUUUUUUCCUUCCAGCAUUUGUUUUCUCCUAGUGACAACCGCAGCACACAUGUUCUCUGUAUUACCUUUGCGCCUCCUUCCCUGCAUUCUGACACUUGACCUUUGUGUAAAGGCUGAAGCUGCGUGGUUGAGAUGGACACGUGUGAUUUGAGCUUGACCUUUUCCCCUCGUAGUUUUACUGUACUCCCUUACUUGCUGAUCAGUACUUCACCUUUCAUUAAACAUUAGGCUAUUUGAAAAGCG